GCUCUGGACUCCGAUGGAGUAACUCACAUCAGUCCGUCGACAGCCUUCAGCUUAAUUCAACCACCCGAUAAUUCCUUCUUGGACGAUCCCGCCCCGAGUAAGUUGGAACCAGAUUCGAGUUCUCGAGUUUCAUCAGUUCAAUUUGGUCGAUAAUAGACGAGACAGUGAUUGCAACAUUGAUUAUUACACAGUAAGAGGAAGAUUCAAUCAAAGAUGUGGAGGAGGAUUUUAAUGUCGAUCGCUUUGACGGCGAACCUGUGCCUAGCUCAAGACUAUGAAGUUUCGGAAAUUCAAUGCAGCCUUGCAGGCUCGGGUUCCGAUUUGUUAACUGCCAAGAUACGACGUCCCGUUGGCUUCAAAGGAGCCCCAUUAUUCGCGGACGACAGAGCAGCGAAUCCGCUCACAGAUCCGAGUUGCCAAAUUAGACCGGAUCCCACCGACCCACAAGAGGAUAACUACCUUCUCAAGGUCACGGACUUUUCCCGUUGCGGUAUUCUCAAGAGAAACGAAUUCAUUCAUCUCAGAGUAUGGUUCCCAGCUUUCCCAGGCGUUGUGAUGCUAGCUGAUCAAGAAUUGAUCCUGAUGUGUAGACCUCCUGAGCCAACGUUGCUGCGACACAAAGCUGCGGGCUUUGCUGGAACGUUCCCCCACGGAGCCCGGGUUUCCGGUGUCGUGGAGGAGACGCCCGGCCGAUUGGAGUACGAGGUCGCUCUGUACCGGGAAGCUGUGGGAAACGCUUCCGAUCCGAAUGCCGCUUCCCAAACGGUCGACCAAGCAGUUCCAAUCGGUACAAAGCUGCAGUUGCGGGCAAGAAUAAGCUCCGAAAGUGCCUGGGGGCACAUCAAGCUCCUGGAGGUGACCGUCAGUCCCGAUCCCGACGAGCCCCACGCUCCAGGAAGCGUCGCCCUGGUCAAGGACGGCUGCAGGAACCGGGACUUUGCUUCGAUAAUUCCCCACCAGCCAGCGAGAUAUCGGGGAAAAAAGAACGAGGUCUUUCUCGACUUCGAAGCGUUCCUCCUCAGCUCGAUGAGGGAAAGGUCAACCCUCUGGAUACAUUCGCAGAUCAAGGCCUGCAUGGAGGCUCAAGACUGCCAGCCAUCUUCACAGGAAUUUUGUCUGGACCUGUUCGAGCCUGCCGGACAUGGUAAAAGAAGAAAACGUUCUUUGGAACCGGAUGUGCAAUUACCCAGCGCUCAGAAGCUCGUUAAGAAGUUCAACGAUUCUGUGCCGUUCACAAAAUUCAAGGAAAACAUUGAGUACACAGUUUUGAUGCCAGGCGAUCUCUACGAGAAAGUAGCGGGACUUGAAGGCAGUUGCGGUAGUUUUUUUUACCUUGCUUCCGGUCUUGGAGUGCUUCUCGUGUUCUCCGCGUUCAUUAUGUGUUACCUGGCAUCGCGACUUCACAGCGUAACUUCCGGUGGAACACAUAACAAGACUAUCGACGACCUCGUCAGAGAACGUGCGCGAAAAUUUUCAGAAACACAGGGAUAUACGGGACGUUCAACGGUGCAAUAAUUUUCUUAUUGCAAGCAAAUAAUUAUGACUAGAUAUGUAAGAAACAAAAAAAAUUCACCAACGUAUACGUAUAAUUGCAUACGUAUGUAUAAACUACGUAAAACUCGACAAAACAUCAUUC